AGCGCGGUGCGGGCGGGCAGGUCCCGCCGGAGAGAGCGUGGGGCGCCGCGGCGCGGCUCUGCCCCCUCGGCGGCGCGAGGUGCCGGAGCAGCGCCGCAGCCAUGGGGAACCGCGGGAUGGAGGAUCUCAUCCCCCUGGUCAACCGGCUGCAGGAUGCCUUCGCCGCCAUCGGCCAGAACGCCAACCUGGACCUGCCGCAGAUCGCCGUGGUGGGGGGGCAGAGCGCCGGCAAGAGCUCCGUGCUGGAGAAUUUCGUGGGGAGGGACUUUUUGCCACGUGGAUCUGGCAUCGUAACCAGACGCCCACUGGUCCUGCAGCUGGUGAACUCCAGUACAGAAUAUGGCGAAUUCCUUCACUGCAAAGGAAAGAAAUUCACUGAUUUCGAAGAGGUUCGCUUGGAGAUUGAGGCUGAAACAGAUCGUGUUACUGGCUCCAACAAAGGGAUUUCUCCUGUGCCCAUCAAUCUCCGAGUCUACUCUCCCCAUGUCCUGAACCUGACCUUGGUGGACCUACCAGGUAUGACAAAAGUCCCAGUGGGGGAUCAGCCCCCUGACAUUGAGUUCCAGAUCCGAGAUAUGCUCAUGCAGUUUGUCACCAAAGAGAACUGCCUCAUCCUGGCGGUAUCCCCAGCCAACUCUGAUCUGGCCAACUCUGAUGCUCUGAAGAUUGCAAAGGAGGUGGAUCCUCAAGGGCAACGCACUAUUGGAGUCAUCACUAAACUGGAUCUUAUGGAUGAAGGAACUGAUGCACGAGAUGUAUUAGAAAAUAAAUUGCUUCCUCUUCGUAGAGGUUAUAUUGGUGUAGUCAACAGAAGUCAGAAAGACAUUGAUGGCAAGAAGGACAUUCAGGCUGCCCUGGCUGCAGAGAGAAAAUUCUUUCUCUCCCACCCAGCCUACAGACACAUGGCUGAUCGCAUGGGAACUCCCUACCUGCAGAAAGUACUGAACCAGCAAUUGACCAACCACAUCCGUGACACCUUGCCAGGGCUGCGGAACAAGCUCCAGAGCCAGCUUCUGUCCAUUGAGAAGGAGGUGGAAGAGUACAAGAACUUCCGCCCUGAUGACCCUGCUCGCAAGACCAAAGCUCUGCUUCAGAUGGUCCAGCAGUUUGCUGUGGACUUUGAGAAACGCAUUGAAGGCUCUGGAGACCAAAUUGAUACCUAUGAGCUGUCAGGAGGAGCUAGGAUUAACCGCAUCUUCCAUGAGCGUUUUCCCUUUGAACUGGUGAAGAUGGAGUUUGAUGAGAAGGAGCUGCGACGGGAGAUUAGCUACGCCAUCAAGAACAUCCAUGGUAUAAGAACCGGUCUCUUCACACCUGACAUGGCCUUUGAGACCAUUGUGAAAAAGCAGGUGAAGAAGAUUAAAGAGCCUUGCCUGAAAUGCGUGGACAUGGUCAUUUCGGAGUUAAUCAAUACCGUUAGACAGUGCACCAAGAAGCUCAGCCAGUACCCUCACCUGCGUGAAGAGAUGGAGAGGAUUGUUACUACCCACAUCCGGGAAAGAGAGGGCAGGACCAAGGAUCAGGUCAUGCUUCUAAUAGAUAUCGAGCUGGCUUACAUGAACACAAACCAUGAGGAUUUCAUUGGCUUUGCCAAUGCUCAGCAGAGGAGCAGCCAGAUGAGCAAGAAGAAGGCAGCUGGCAACCAGGAUGAGAUCCUGGUGAUCCGAAAGGGCUGGCUCACCAUCAACAACAUCGGGAUCAUGAAGGGUGGCUCUAAGGAGUAUUGGUUUGUCCUGACAGCGGAGAAUCUCUCCUGGUAUAAGGAUGAUGAGGAGAAGGAGAAGAAGUAUAUGUUACCAGUGGAUAACCUGAAACUGCGAGAUGUUGAGAAGGGUUUCAUGUCCAGCAAACACAUCUUUGCCCUCUUCAACACUGAACAAAGGAAUGUUUACAAGGACUACCGGCAGCUGGAGCUGGCCUGUGAAACCCAGGAGGAGGUAGAUAGCUGGAAAGCUUCCUUUCUUCGUGCAGGAGUCUACCCAGAGCGUGUUGGGGCAAGUGAAACAGAGGAGAAUGGAUCAGACAAUUUUAUGCAUUCUAUGGACCCUCAGCUAGAAAGACAAGUGGAAACUAUCAGGAACUUGGUGGAUUCCUACAUGGCAAUUGUCAACAAAACCAUCAGAGACCUCAUGCCGAAGACGAUCAUGCACCUCAUGAUAAACAAUACCAAGGACUUUAUCCAUUCGGAGCUGCUGGCAAACCUGUACUCCUGUGGUGACCAAAACACACUGAUGGAGGAAUCAGCAGAGCAGGCCCAGCGGCGUGACGAAAUGCUGCGCAUGUACCAUGCCCUGAAAGAGGCCCUCAACAUCAUCGGGGACAUCAACACCAGCACUAUCAGCACCCCUAUGCCCCCACCGGUGGACGACUCUUGGCUGCAGGUGCAAAGCGUACCAUCUGGACGCAGGUCUCCUACGUCCAGCCCCACUCCUCAGAGGAGAGCUCCCGCUGUUCCACCCGCCAGACCUGGGUCCCGAGGCCCAGCUCCUGGGCCACCUCCUGCUGGUGGGUCCACGCUGGGUGGUGCCCCCCCUGUGCCCUCCAGGCCAGGUGCCUCUCCUGAUCCCUUUGGGCCCCCACCUCAGGUUCCUUCUCGGCCUAACCGUGCUCCUCCUGGUGUUCCCAGCAGAAGGGGCCCUGCCUCACCUACUCGACCUACCAUAAUCCGACCGGCUGAACCGUCCCUCUUAGAUUUAUAACUCGAGGCUGUAGACAGCUGGCGACGAAUGCCGUGCUGGCGGCUUCCCCAUUCCACCCUCCCUUCCACAGCCACAGUCACUCCUCUCAUCCAUCCCACAUCUCUGCCUCCCACCGCCCCUUCCCGGUGUGUCGUAAAGCACUAGCCUAGUGAUCGAGCUCUUCGUCUUCACUCGUGCGUCCUGUAUUGCUUUGUGAGUGUAGAGUAGCCUUCAUUCAGUGGCAUGGAUCCCUGAAGUGCACAGGCUCCUUGGAGUGAUCAGCUGCAGGCACGUCCUUAAGUCCAAGUGGCAGCUGUCCAUCCAGGUGUUUCAUCUGCCUGGUCUACCCUGGAUAAGUGUCCUGCCUGCAUCAGUUAGCUGUAGCACCUAGGACCGAUCUGUAGCUCUGUAGCUAUUUUUUCUUGUAGUUAAGAAGACAAAAGCGUGGCGUAACAGAAAAAAUACGUUCAAAACACGUGACGCUGUUAGGAACAGAUUAAAUGUCCUGUGUAUUAGAUUACUUCUAAGGUGCAAAAACUCACGUUGGGAACGGUGCAAUCAACUUUAUCUCAAAGCGAGGCGGGGAGAACAAGAAGGGGGGAACCCGAUGGCUCGGCAUAGUCCUGCUAGCCCAAGGGCUGAGAUAGCGCGCACACCUCGGUGCGGGGGGCCCGUGGACCUGCCCGCGCUCGGCUCUCCGGAAUAGCUGAGGAAACGCUGCUGGCGAACUGCUGGCUGCUGCCAGCAUUUGUCUCGCUUCCUCUCUCGUGGCUGACUUUGCUGAACCCAGCUGGGAGGGGGCAAUAGAUACGCUGCUCCCCCCUUGCGAACGACAAGCAAAUGUUUUUCAGGGAGUUUGCUGUGUAAUGUUUUGUUGAAAAUAUUUCUGCUUUGAAUAAGCACAUCUUUCAGUGUUUUUUGGGUACCGUGGUGACUUCCGUAGCCUUUUCUUGCAUGUGGAUGGUACGUGUUUGGGGAAACUUGUAACUGUUGUUGAUCACAAUUCAUCUUAAGGUUUGGUUUUUACUUUUCAUGUUACAUGUAUUAAAAAAUUAAUAAUUAAAAAUCUAUCAACCCUGUACAUUUCAGAUGUCAUGUCUCUACCAGAGCUAAAUGAGCCACCUAUGUUACAGGCCCUCAAAAGGGUCUGAUUCAGCUUUAAGUCACCUUAUUUCAGUGCUAUUGCCUUUGACUUCUCUUCUGGAUCCUCUGUUGUUCUGAUGCUGGUUUCUUUCUGUGUUUUAACUAUUGUUUUACCGCUUCUUCCCCUUUUCCUUCCCUUCCCCUUUUCUUUUUUCUUUUCUUUUUCUUUUUUUUCUUCUUUUUUUUUUUUUUAUCUUUGAAUUCCAGCCGGCCAAGUAAGGCCAGUCCCUCCCGCCCGGAGAGUCCAAAACCACCAUUUGACAUGUAGGCCUGCUCCCUCUGAGACUCUCUGCCUGCCUCUUAGCUGUUCUGUCCUGGAAUGGUCUGACUCGAAUCUCAUUCAUGGCUUGUUCUGUUUGUAUUUUGUGACACAUACACACACAUCAGAUGUGACUGUAGUGAAACUGUUUUUUUUUCUCUCCCAGCUGCUUAAAGGAGUUAAAACAAGUAUAUUGUAGUAAUGAGAAACAUAUCUUUACUGUUAUAAAUAUCUAUAAAUAUAUAUAUAAGAUCAAAAAUCUAUAUAUGUCCAGGUGUUUAAAGCCAUUUGUGCUUCCAUGUGGAUUUUAGGAAAUACUUAAGUAGGGAAAGAAUAUCUAUAUACAUACAUAUAUAUAUAUUACACCCCAAAAUUAACCAAAUCCUGACGUUGAAUUUUUGAGCUGAUUGUUAAAUUCUCUGCUGUGUGCAGUUGGGUUACUGUAUUACCCCAGACUUGUGGGUGAACUGUCUCAGUGCUGGUAGUAGCUGUGAUGCAGUUUGUGAUCUACCUGUCACUCUUGUUUAUUGAAUGAAAUAAAGUAUCAUUUCUGUAUAAUGAAGGACUCUAUGACUAGAAUAAAACCAUCUCUCUCUU